CUUUAUUGUCGCUCAGAAAACCUUUUUUGUCCAGUGCCGGUGCCUGUGGCCCUGGCCAGUUUGUUGAUUACCUCACCCGUGAAAACAAGUUCUCUCAUCAACCAUCAACUUUCAUCGCGACGCCCAUUCCCAUUGGCCUCUCAUCUCUUUCUUCUCGACGUCAGCUGUAUUUACAGAUCUCCAUGGACCCUCAUUCACAUGUUGGGAACGACAGCCCUCCAACACGGACAACCCUUUUGGGCUCUUUCCUUCGCUCGGGACGGCCACGAAAUUCAUCUCAAUCUCAUACAGACCAACAGAGGGAACUAUCACCUUCACCACCAACACAGAACGCUCCCGCAUCUCCAGGAGCGCAAGCCGCUAUAGCCGCAGGCGUAAAUUACGGACACAGACUCCCAUCAUCAUCAUCGAAUCAGGCCGGGUCAUUAGGUUUAUCGCAAAUGCUCAGAAGAAGGCGUUCUGCAGGUGCAAUCAAUCCCAACAGUGGCAACACCAAUGCCAACGUGCCACCAUCGAUAGCAGCCAAUUCUUCUACCCAUAAUCGCACUCAGAACGCUUCCGGUUCACAUCCGCCGCCACUGCCACCUACUUCACCUGGAACAUUCCGUGUUCGCCUCGUACCACACCUAGAAUCCCGACGAUCUCUCAAAUUUGACGCAAUAACCCGCGACUUGAAACCAACUGACGCAGCACUUCGCAUUGGUCGCUUCACCGAUCGCUCCGGGUUGGGAUUAUCGGCUGUCAAUGCUCUUGGCUCAAAUAAACUCGCCUUUAAAUCCAAAGUUGUCUCUAGAGCGCAUGCAGAAAUUAGUGUUGACGCUGGUGGCAAAUUCUGGAUUAAAGACACCAAAAGUAGUUCUGGUACUUUCCUGAACCACAUGCGAUUGAGCCCAGCGAAUACGGAGAGCCGCUUGCAUCAAAUGAGAGACGGCGACAUCCUACAGCUGGGUGUCGACUACCAGGGAGGAACAGAAGAUAUAUACAAGAGUGUUAAGAUCAGAAUAGAACUCGGGAGAGAAUGGCAGGCGAGUGCUAAUGCGUUCAAUACUACCGCUAUAAAGAAUCUUAAGACAUUAGCAGUUAAUGUGACUGCCGGUACUCGCACAGUGUCCGGCCCGAAGGCUUCUUCCAAAUCUGCAUUUCCUGAUUGCUGUAUAUGUCUGUUUGGGGUCACCAUCCGCCAAGCUUUGUUCAUAGCCCCAUGCUCCCACACAUUCCAUUAUAAAUGCAUCCGCCCUCUACUAGAAAGUCACCACCCAGCGUUUUCAUGCCCACUUUGCCGAACAUUCGCAGAUCUCGAAGAAGAUGUAGAAGUGGAGAUUGAGUACGAGGAGGAAGCCGAAGCUGAUUUGGAAGUUGUUGAAGAGGCCGCAGCUAGUGCCUACCAUGGAGCAUCGGGGACCAACAAUGCUCUCAAUGGCACUGUCAACGGACAUGGUGACGAUGACGGCGAAGACUCCGCCGUGGAGGAGGUUGCUGCUGCUCUACGAUCGGCCCCAUCCCCUCAGGUAGCUGCGGAACGUGAACGUGAACGGGAGCGAGACAGAGAAGCAGGCGCUGAAACCGAAGUUGAAUCGGACAUAGUUGGAGCAGGCGAUAGUGCGGGUAGAACUAGACGAUCACGCAACUCAAGGCGGCAACAACCACGAGCUAUGAGCUUGAUGGAUGAAGGGGAGGAAGCUCACUCUGGUCCCGGAGAACCCGUGCUUCCACCCGGUGGCCCUUCGGAGGAAGAGCUGGAACUUCUAGAUGACAGUCCGGACGAGAACGGUAGAGUAUCGAUUGGACCUAGCGUCGGGGCCGAUGCGAUUAUGGUCGAUGCGUCCAUCCGUGCUGGAAGUAGUGAGAGAGGGUUUGAUGCCACACCCGAUCCGGACGAUGACGAUAUGGUCCUUGUCGAUGCCAGUGCAAGCAAUGGACGCCCGUUGAGCAGUGGCAUGAUUGGUAUUGAAGGUGGAAAUGAGGAUGGUGUCGGAGGUGGAGGGAAGAGGAAGCGGUGAAUCGUGACUGAACAAAUUCUUUCGUCUGUUCAGCUCCUUGCCAUUCAAGGUUAUUCAUCGUUACUUUCUGUUCCUCCCAAUCGUACGACAUCAUUGCGCCCCCUGUCCCCGACGAUAUCUCUUCCGUCUGUUGAAACUUUAUCUAUGUGUGUUAUUCAAUCUUUUCCCUUUGCGUCUUAACGUGUCGUAUCACCGAAUUGUUGUCGCCCGUUCAUUUCCUCUAUCCUGUUAUUUGCGAACCUCAUUACCAAUCCCCCCUGUGCUACACACAUGACUCAUUUAAUAUUUUCCCUUCGUUACCUGAUCUUCAACGCUCCUCCCGCACUUAAUUUGUACAUUUGAUCGUUCUUCUCCCACUCGCCGCCAUUCUAUUCAAAUCCUCGUGAAUGUGCGGUCAAUCCGUUCUCGUUACGCUUGGUAUUCAGCUCGCAGACUGUGCCGUUGAAUAAAUACCUCCUCUACCUCCUAAUAUUGUAUAGAGGAGAAUUGGGAGUCUCAGUCCUUUCUGCGUGCCUGCCACCCUUACACCUAAUAGACCCUAAAGUUGUUGAAUAAGUAAAGCCUGGGUUCCUGGCC